UUUGUGCGCGGGGCGGGGGCGGCGGCGCGCUGCGGCGGCGGCGGAUGCGCUGAGCAGGCUCUGCGGAGCCGCCGCUGCCCGCAGGCCGCCGGAGCCGUGCCGGGGCGUGGCGAGGAUGAGCGCUGCCGGCAGCCCUGAGCCGGUGGCCUCGCCGCCGGGCACCGAGCCCCGCUACUUCGAGCGCUUCUCCGCGGACGACCCCGAGUACCUGCGCGCCCGCAACAUGGCAGCCGACCUGCGCCAGGACUUCAACAUGAUGGAGCAGAAGAAGCGGGUCACCAUGAUCCUGCAGAGCCCGUCUUUCAGGGAGGAGCUGGAGAGCCUCAUCCAGGAGCAGAUGAAGAAGGGCAACAACUCGUCCAACAUCUGGGCGCUGCGGCAGAUCGCCGACUUCAUGGCCAGCACCUCCCCGGCCAUCUUCCCCACGUCGCCCAUGGGCCCCGCGGCGGUGACGCCCAUCAACGACCUGCACGGGGCGGGCGAGGGGCUGCCGCUGGCGCGGGGCGAGCGGCUGCUGCGCUGCAAGGUGGGCGGCCUCUGCCGCCUGCUCGACCUCUACGGCUGGGCCCGCCUCGGCGACUCCCACGUCACGCUGCGGGUGAGCAAGGAGCAGGAGCACUUCCUCGUCAGCCCCGGGGGCCUGGCGUGCAGCGAGGUGACGGCGUCGAGCCUGGUCAAGGUGAACAUCCUGGGCGAGGUGGUGGAGCAGGGCAGCACCGGCUUCGCCGUGGACGCCGCCGCCUUCAGCCUGCACGCCGCCGUGCACGCCGCCCGGCCGGGCACCCGCUGCGUGGUGCACCUGCGCACGCCGGCCAGCGCCGCGGUGUCGGCCAUGCGCUGCGGGCUGCUGCCGGUGUCGCACGAGGCGCUGCUGGCCGGCGACGCCGCCUACUUCGACUUCGGCGGGGCGCUGCGCGACGAGGCCGACCGCGUGCAGCUGCAGAAGUGCCUCGGCCCCACCUGCAAGAUCCUGGUGCUGCGCAACCACGGCGUGCUGGCGCUGGGCGACACCGUGGAGGAGGCCUUCUACAAGACCUUCCACCUGCAGGCGGCCUGCGAGAUCCAGGUGUCGGCGCUGUCGAGCGCCGGCGGCGCCGAGAACCUGCUGGUGCUGGAGCGCGACAAGCACCGGCCGCACGAGGCCGGCUCGGUGCGCUGGGCCGGCAGCACCUUCGGGCCCAUGCAGAAGAGCCGCCUGGGCGAGCACGAGUUCGAGGCCCUCAUGCGCAUGCUCGACAACCUGGGCUACCGCACCGGCUACGCCUACCGCCACCCCUUCGUGCAGGAGAGGAGCAAGCCCAAGAGCGACGUGCUCAUCCCCGCCACCGUGACGGCCUUCGUCUUCGAGGAGGAGGAGGCGGCCGCGCCGCCGCGCCAGCACGCCCAGCGCCAGCAGAAGGAGAAGACGCGCUGGCUCAACACCCCCAACACCUACCUGCGGGUGGACGUGGCCGGCGAGCAGCCCGGCGGCCCCAGGACCCGCACGACGUGGCUGAAGGCGGACGAGGCGGAGAGGAGCAGCAGCGGCACGGCCAUCCGCAUCGAGACCCCCAACCAGUUCGUGCCCCUCUACACGGACCCGCAGGAGGUGCUGGAGAUGCGGAACAAGAUCCGCGAGCAGAACCGCCAGGACGUCAAGUCGGCCGGGCCCCAGUCGCAGCUGCUGGCCGGCGUCAUCGCCGAGGCGAGCCGCAGCCCCUCCACAGAGAGUCACUUGGCGGCAGCGGCAGAGCCGCGGGGGGAGGCGGCGGCCGAGCCGGAGCCCCCCAACCCCUUCAGGCAGCUGACGGACCGGGAGCUGGAGGAGUACAAGCGGGAGGUGGAGCGCAAGGCGCUGGCGCCGCCCGGCGACAAGGACGCCGGCGAGGAGAGUCCGGCUGCGCCCACCACCGAGCCCCCCGCUGCCACCGAGCCCCCCGCCGCCACCGAGCCCCCCGCUGCCACCGAGCCCCCCGCCGCCGAGCCCCCCGCGCCCGCCGCGCCGCCCCAGGGUGAGGAGGAGGCGGACGGGGGGCAGGAGCCGGCCGAGCCCCCCGCCACGGAGCCGGAGCCGCCGCCGCCGGCACAGGAGGAAGAGGAGGAGGAGGAGGAGGAGGGGAAGGAGGCGCCGAGGCGCGGGGGGGGCCGGGCGGCAGAGCCGGGCGCCCCGCGGGAGCCCACGGCGCCCAGCAGCCCGGCAUCGCCCGAGGGCUCGCCCUCCAAGUCGCCCUCCAAGAAGAAGAAGAAGUUCCGCACGCCCUCCUUCCUCAAGAAGGCCAAGAAGAAGGAGAAGGCGGAGGCCUGAGGCCCGGCGCCCGCCCCGCCGCCCCUUCGCUCACCAAGUGCUACCUCGGGGGGGCCGCUGCCCCGCGGCCCCCGCCGCCCCGCCGCCCGCCCCGCGCUGCCGCCCCCCUCCCCGCCGCCCCGGGCCGAGGCCGAGCCCCCGAGCGCCCUGGCGUGCGGCGCGGCAGCCGGGGCAGCCGUGCGGCGGGGUUGCCGCCACCACUGCCACCACUGCCACCGCCACCCCCCGCCCCGGCUCAUCGCGGAGUGACCAAUAAACACCACUGCAAAACGGCGAA